GUAUUUUCGAGGUGAGCUGACACAACCAUGCAGCUUCUCACGCCGGUAUUCGCGUCCCUCGCUGUUCUUGCCGGCAGCGUCGCCGCCACGGACUUUACGGGCGAUGUCCUGAACGGCGUCCCUGUCAUCUCGUAUCUCGACCUCCGCGACGUUCCUGCGCAAACCGUUUCGAGAUACUACUUGAGGGUGGGAGAGCUCAAUGGCGGAAGCCCGCUACAUGUGCCUGUAUUCGUGGCUCGUGGUACACCCGAGAGCUUGGAGACAGGGAAGAAACUGUCGCUCUCUGCGGCUAUACAUGGUGACGAGCUCAAUGGGGUCAGGGUAGUCCAGCGCAUCUUUGCGCAGCUAGAACGCCAGGUUUCGACACUCAAUGGCACAGUCAUUGGCAUCCCGACCGUCAAUCCCAUGGGCAUCUAUCUAAACCAGAGGAACUACUUCACAGCUAGUGAUUCUGGAUUCUUCACGAACGUCAAUCGCGUGUUUCCGGGUACUCCCUCGUCGGAAGGAGGCAGCGGACCGAGAUUGCUCGCAUACAAUAUCUGGAACAAUGUUUGGGGAAAUAAGUCGCAGGUAGACGUGGGCGUGGAUCUACAUACUCCAAGUUCUGGGGCUGAAUCAUCAUUGUGGUGCUAUGCGGACGUCCGUCUCCCGUACGUAGAACGGCUGGCGAAGCUCCUCCAACCUGACACGCUGAAAAUCGACCCCGGUGAACCUGGGAGUAUUGAAACCGCAUUCGUCGAUAACAAGAUCCCAGCUAUAACCGUCGAGAUGGGUCUUGCUAAAGUCUGGAAUAUGAGCUUAAUUGAUCGGGCCUUCGAGUUCGUCAAUCGCGUCAUGGACGACUUGCGGAUCCUUCCUGCCAAUUCAACCGAGGUAUAUAACCCUGAUCUGAGCAAGACAUACAUCGUCACGACGUUCGAAUCGCUGCCGUCAACAUACGGCGGCUUCGUCGAACGCUUGGCAGGAGUGGACGAGCCGGUGAAGAAAGGCCAAGCUAUCGCGAAUAUCCGGGAUGUUUUCGGAGACGUGCUGGAAACCAUUUAUUCACCUGCGGACGCCAGGAUUAUUCAGUCACCGCGCGAUCCGAGCAUUGAACCCGGAGGUAGCGCCGGGCAGAUCGCGUAUAACUCUACGGAUCCUGAGUGUGCUGACGGAUGUAUAUUGUAGACCUUUGUCCUAAUCUAAACAUACAGACGUCUUGCGCGGUAUAUGCACAUCGCUACCUGAGCUCCUUUCAUCUACGUUAUAGUGCACUAUUCCCCUGGUCAUCUUCUGUCUACGGCAUCCGUUCUGACCCAC